AUGUCAUUAAGUCCCCAAGCAAUCUCUCCUCGUUCCAACGCAGUCGGUUUAGUACAACACAAAAAGAAAUUUUCAAGACCCAAACUAGUCAAAGCCGAAUCUGUCGCUUCGUGUCUUCCUGCUGAAGGUGAGUUUACAAAGACACACGCACAAUACACCCCAGCGAAUGUUGGUGAACGGACAGUCCAAACUCACUUUUCGUUGGAGACCCGACCUCUUCAGAAGAACAUGUUGUUUGAACAAGACGGAAAGAUAAACAUCAACAUGUUGCGUAACCACUUCUUUAGAGAAGGAAGACUGUCGAUCGACUGUGCGCUGGAGUUGGUUAGAGCAGCUAAAGCACUUUUAUUAGCAGAGCCUAACAUGUUAGUAGUCGAUGCUCCGGUGAUUAUCUGUGGUGAUAUACAUGGGCAAUUCUAUGACUUGUUAACGAUCUUUGACAUCACAAAACCGGUUGAAAAGAACAGGUAUGUCUUUUUGGGUGAUUACGUCGACCGAGGAGACUUCUCGUGUGAAGUUCUCUUCUUCUUGAUGGCGCACAAAAUCAACUACCCAAACCAAUUCUACUUUUUGAGAGGAAACCACGAGUCGAAAAUGAUGACGGAGAGUAUGACCUUUAAUUUGGAAUGUGAAUAUAAAUACCACUCGUCUGAGUUACUCAAUGAAAUCCACGACUUGUUCGACGCACUCCCCUUGGCGUGUUUGGUCGAGGGUAAUGCGUUGGGCAGAUUCUUUUGUACACAUGGAGGAAUCUCCCCGUAUGUCACUCGGUUGUCGCAGUAUAACGAAUUAAAACGAAACCAAGAACCACCAAGCCGCGGAGCUAUCUGUGAUAUACUGUGGUCCGAUCCAUUGGAAGAACCACAACAUCCGGAAACUAUGGAGAAGAGAAGGUUGGACGCUUGGCUUGCUACUGAUUUUGCUGAUAAUCAUUUGAGACAAACAAGUGUGUUAUAUGGUCCCCGUGGGUUACUCAAUUUUCUGAAUAAAAAUGACUUAAUUUGUGUGGUGAGAGCGCAUCAAGUGAUGGAGGAGGGGUUCAAGUUACAUUACUUCUUACAGAACACAGACAUCCCGCCGUGUAUCACUGUAUUCUCCGCGCCGAAUUACUGCGACAUGUAUCAGAACAAAGCAUCCAUUCUUAAGAUCAACGCGGAGAAUAUCUGCUUUGAACAAUUUGAGAAUGUCGACCAUCCAUUCAACUUACCAGACUUCUUCGAUUGCUUCAGCUUCUCUCUCCCAACAUUCAUGGAAGUUAUUGUGAACAUCUUAUCUGAACUUGUUGUGGCUGUCAAAGAGGAAGACGAGGCGCUUCUGUCCGACAAAGAAAAAGCCGACGAUGAAAAUCUGAAGAAAAAGCUUGAAUGUUAUAAAGAGAAGACACAGGAAAAGAUGAACGAGAACCGAGAGGUUUUGAAGCUUAAAAAGGAGAUCCGUUCGACACAAAAAAUGAACAAAGAGUGGUUUGACAAAGUCCUUUCGAUCGACAAAAAGAAUGAGCAACGCCCAAGACGUGUCGGGAGGGUCUUGACGUCACGCCCCGUUAAUAUCCGCACCGUCUCAGACACUUAUAUAAUGAAGUGA